GAAGGAAAGCUAUUGAGCUUAUAAGAAAGAACGAAGCUAACCUAUCUGUAUAAAGCUUCCCCUUCUCACUUCUCUCACCCCUUCCCCUUCCGACCCUCCCAUUCCCGUCCCCUCAACGGGUGGUAAUCACUACCCCUGCCCUCAAACCAAGUAAAAGAGAGUGGUGUUACCAAGUUUGGAGGAAAAAGAAACUAAAAACUAGUAAAAACAAGCAGAGGAAAGCUCUGCGAGGAAUUGCCAUAGGAGCUCAACAGAGCUGCUACAACUUUGGGGUGGUGGGGGUUGGCGUUGGGGGCCAAGUAAUGCGCACAGGAGCUUGCACGGUCCAGCAGGCCCUCACAGCAGAGGCUGCCUCAGUUCUCAAGCUCUCCCUCAACUUAGCAAGGAGAAGAGGCCACGCCCAGGUGACCCCUCUCCAUGUUGCUGCCACCCUUCUGAGUUCCUCCUCCUCCUCUUCUAACCUUCUAAGAAGAGCCUGUCUCAAGUCCCACCCUCAUAACCCUGCCUCCCACCCACUUCAGUGCAGGGCUCUCGAGCUCUGCUUCAAUGUGGCCCUCAACAGGCUCCCCACGACCCCACCCCCCUCCUCCUCUGCCUCCUUGUUCCACUCCCAGCCUUCUCUGUCUAAUGCCCUCAUUGCUGCCCUCAAGAGGGCUCAGGCUCACCAGAGGAGGGGCUGCAUUGAGCUCCAGCAGCAACAGCAGCCUCUUUUAGCCAUCAAGAUAGAGUUAGAGCAGCUCAUCACCUCUAUUUUAGAUGACCCAAGUGUGAGCAGGGUGAUGAGAGAGGCUGGUUUCUCCAGCACCUGCGUCAAGAACAACUUAGGAGAAGAAAGCUCUGUUUUAGGCCAAUCCACCCCUCCCUUUUUCUUCGGGUCGCACAAGGAGAUCUUAAGCCAGGGAAGUUUCUGGCAGUCCCAGUUCUUGAAGCCAUCUUCUGAGAUAAACCCAGUAUACCCACCCUCCCAAAAAGAGGAUUUGAGGGUGGUCCUGGAGGCGAUGGUUCGGAAACAGGGGAGGAGGAAGAACACUGUGGUGGUGGGGGACUCUGUUUCCAUGAUAGAAGGGCUCGUAUCUGAGCUCAUGGGCAGGGUGGAGAGAGGGGAGGUCCCUGAUGAGCUCAAGCCUGCACGCUUCAUCAAACUCCAACUAUCUUACGUUCACCUUAGACUCAUGAGCAGGGGAGAUGUGGACAUGAAGGUGGAUGAUCUAAGGAGAAAGAUCUUCUCCUUAGCUUCAGAUAGAGUUGGAGGGGGUGUGAUCAUCUAUGCAGGGAACUUGAGAUGGGCUGUGGAUGAGGAAACCAAAGAUGGACAGGGCUUCAGGCCAGUGGAGCACAUGAUAGGAGAGGUGGGGAGGUUGCUAUCAGAGCUUACGAGCAGCAAUGACAAUGGUGGUGGUGCUGCGACCAACAGGGUGUUGCUGUUGGCCACUGCCAGCUACCAGACUUACAUGAGGUGCCAGAUGAGGCGGCCGUCCCUUGAGGCCCAGUGGGCACUCCAGGCGGUGGUGGUUCCCUCGGGUGGGCUUGCACUGAGCCUCCAAGGUCAAAGUGGCCAAGAUCCGAGGAUGACAACACUCUCUCAGUAUCCAUUCCAAAUGCUAGCAUCCAUUCCAAACCAUCACGAGGAAGAAGAAAAGCUCAUGUGCUGUGCUGAAUGCGCUUCCAAUUUUGAGAUGGAAGCAUCAGUUUUCAAGUCAGAAAAGAGGGACACUGACAAUGUCUCAAACCACUUGCCAAUUUGGCUGCAACCACAUAGACCACACAGCCAUCACAAGGAUGCAUUGCCUGAAUUGAGGAGGAAAUGGAACAGAUUAUGCCAAAGUCUUCAUCAUGGCCGACAUAACCAGGCUCAUUUGUAUCCACUCCUCGUCACUCAAGGCCUCAUUGCAAAGAGCUGCACUCAUCAUGCUUCAUCCCAUCAAUGGUGGCCUGCAAGCUUACCUCACAACCCGAACAAAUUCUUCGUCGAGCCUCAUUCAACAUCCUUGCCCGAAAAUGCACUGAAACUCAAUGGUGGGAGUUCCAGAUUUGCAUUGCAGAUUGAAAAUGGAACUGGGAGCUGGCAGGAGAGAGAUGCCGCAAAGAAUUGGCCUUGUGAAGUGAGUUUGCGUUUUGUCAAGAAGCCAGCAAACCAGGAGGUGAGGACUACUCUGGCUUUGGGCAGCCCUCUGUUCUCGGAUUCGGCAACAUCGGACGACCAAAGAAGAGGAGCGAUGGCAGACCCACAAGAGUUAAGGCAGCUACUGGAAGAGAACAUCCCCUGGCAAUCCGGAACCAUUCCUUCAAUCAUCGAAGCGCUGCAUGAUCGCAGAUCAAGUGAGAAGAAGGGAACUUGGCUACUGAUACAAGGGAACGAUCACAUCGGAAAGAGAAGACUAGCAAGGGUAGUUGCUGAGAUAUUUCGUGGAUCCUCUGAUAGGCUCGUCCAGAUUGACAUGAGUAAAUUGGCUAGCAGAGGUAGCUCGUGCACUGAUAUCUUCACAGAAGCCACCAGAAAGGACCAAAAACGGGUGGUACUUAUUGAGGGCAUCGAACGAGCACACCCCAACUUCAUAAAAUCGAUGGCCGAAGGCCUCAGAAACGGGUUCUCCGGGUACGAAUUCAGUAGAGAAGCUGGCCUGGCUAAUGGUUUCUUCAUUCUAAUUACAUCGAGCUCUACCAAGUUCGACGAUGAUGACGAGAAUCCUGAUGCUGUCCUGAAGAUGAGGUUGUCGGUUGAAGAGAGCAAGAGUCCCCAUGAUCUCAAAAGGAGGCCCGAGAGGGAAUUGCCGAACAAAUCGAAGAAAUCGAGGACAGAGGAGAGCGGUCUUGACCUGAACCUCUGCGCUCAGGAGGAGGAGGUGGACCAGGGGGGUGACGAAGAGGAUGGCGUCCCCAGUGAUCUGACCCACGAGACAGACGCUGGCGAUCCCAAUCUCCCAUAUGGGCUUCUUGAAUCAUUCACGACUCGUUUCACCAUGGAUGCAAGCCCCGACCGGUUCUGCCGGCUGUCGGAGAGCCUCCUGUCGAAGCUCCACCGGGCGUUCGAGGAGGUGGCGAGCAGCGGACAAGGGACGGGGAAGUUGUGCGUGGAUCGGACGGCGGUGGAGGAGCUGAUCAUGGCCUCUGGUUCUUUCCUGGAGAGCUUGUGGGACAAGUGGGUGAGAGAGGUUUUUCGAAUGAGCUUGGCAACGGUCAAAAAGGGCGGGAAGGUGAGGCUGGCUGUGGAGGGCAAAGUGGGAAAUGUGGGGGAGUUGGGUUUCCAGGGUUCCGCCCUCCCUCGCAGAAUUCAUGUGGACUAAAGCGCCCAUCUGUUCCUCUCCCCUCUGUGCAAAAAAUUGAAAUGGCCAAAUUGCCACCUUGUAAUC